CAGAUCUGAUUCUGAGACGAGGGUCCAAGUGUUUCAGCCUUUUGCGCAACUGAAGCAAGUCAACAUUGAAAAAUUGACUUUGCACUUACCUUAAUGAGUAGAGUAGGACUGUAGGGUACCCUUUUGGAAACGUGUGUCAACUCAACUCAACUCAAUGUUACGUGAUGUUUAAUUGUUUAUAUUCUGACUCGUACAACAGCCCCUUCAAAUUCUGCAAUGAAAAUUAGUAAGGAUUUAUCUUCUUCGCAGACGUGGAAUGUGGCAAACGCAGCCAUUUGUUUUCUUUUUUAACCGGCGACGACCGCUUAACCUCAUGGAUAGUCAUUGCACAGUUGCAGUCAGUGAUAUUAGAUAGUUUUAAAAUAAAGCAAGGGAAAAAACAAAAAAAAAGCAAAAUAUUUUUCAUGUUUGUUGAAGCGUGUGAUGGGAUUGGGGGUGGGUCACCGGAGGUUGAAUAAUGAAUUCUUGCCUCCACACGUCCAGUCUCUCUCUCUCUUGUUGGCAGAUGACUGAUGGUUUUGGAGUCAACUUUUUCUCUCCUCCAACUCUUAUGUGAUGGUUUUCAAAUCAAACACACAUAUAUAUUAAUUUAAUUUCUCUGCUGCUUCCUUUGCUUGUUCCUAUUCCUAUUGUUGUCUUUUUUUUUUGUUUUAAUCAGCGAAAACCCCUUCAAUACUUCGAACAUCGAGAGGCAAACCCUAAUUCAAAUUCCUCCAUAAAAGAACUUAUGCGAAGAAUUAGGGUAAUCCAACAACAGUUUUCCUGGGAAUCUUCAUAGUAGAAUUAGGGUUUGCCAAAGGCAUCCUUCAUAUUCCUUUUCGUCCCUCUUCAAAAUCAACAAGAUGGCUGGGAGCUGGGACGGAAGUUACAACCCUGGGAGCCAGUCCGAUGAGAGCUUUCAUUUUGAGAGACUGUACAUAGAGCCCAUUUAUGAUGCAUUUCUAUGCCCUUUGACAAAGCAGGUUAUGUGUGACCCUGUGACGUUAGAAAAUGGCCAAACAUUUGAACGUGAAGCAAUUGAAAAGUGGUUCAAGGAAUGUAAGGAAAGUGGAAGGAGGCCGGUUUGCCCAUUGACUCUGAAAGAACUAAAAAGCACAGAUCUAAAUCCUAGUAUUGCUUUGCGGAACACCAUUGAAGAGUGGACUACUAGGAAUGAAGCUGCCCAGCUUGAUAUGGCUCGUAGAUCAUUAAAUAUAGGCAGUUCAGAAAAUGAUGUUCUGCUGUCUCUGAAGUUCAUCCAACAUAUCUGCCAAAAAAAUCAAUCCAAUAAACAUGUUGUACGCAAUGCUGAUCUAAUACCUAUGAUUGUUGACAUGCUAAAGAGCAGCAGCCGUAAAGUUCGGAGCAAAGUGUUGGAGACACUCCAAGUAGUGGUUGAGGAAGAUGCAGAUAAUAAGGCAAUAUUGGCUGAGGGGGACACUGUGCGUACAAUAGUUAAGUUCUUGUCCCAUGAACAGUCCAAGGAGAGGGAAGAGGCUGUCUCUUUGCUUUAUGAACUAUCAAAAUCUGAAGCCUUGUGUGAGAAGAUUGGUUCAAUUAAUGGAUCAAUUCUUAUAUUAGUUGGAAUGACAAGCAGCAAAUCUGAGAAUGUUUUGACUGUUGAGAAGGCUGAUAAAACUCUAGAAAAUCUGGAAAAGUGUGAGAACAAUGUCAGACAGAUGGCUGAAAACGGUAGAUUGCAGCCUCUUUUAACCCAGAUUCUUGAAGGUCCUCCAGAAACAAAGCUUUCCAUGGCUGCAUAUCUUGGUGAGUUGGUUUUGAAUAAUGAUGUGAAAGUCCAUGUUGCAAGAACUGUAGGUGCAUCUCUGAUCAAUAUCAUGAAAAGUGGUAGCAUGCAAUCUAGAGAAGCUGCUCUUAAGGCUCUUAACCAAAUCUCAUCUUAUGAAGCAAGCUCCAAGGUGUUGAUUGAGACAGGAAUACUUCCCCCCCUUGUCAAGGACCUCUUCACUGUUGGUGCCAAUCAGCUUCCCAUGAGACUGAAAGAGGUUUCCGCCACAAUUCUAGCCAAUGUUGUAAACUCAGGGUACAAGGUAGAUUCCAUCCCUAUUGGGCCGGACCAUCAGACUCUUGUUUCAGAAGACAAUGUCCAUAGCUUACUUCGACUAAUCAGCAACACUGGUCCACCAAUUGAGUGCAAACUUCUUCAAGUUCUUGUUGGACUUACUAGUUCUCCGACAACAGUUCUGAAUGUUGUUGCUGCCAUUAAAAGCUCUGGGGCUACUAACAGUUUGGUUCAGUUUAUUGAGGUUCCCCAGAAUGAUUUGCGUAUGGCAUCCAUAAAACUUCUCCUGAACCUCUCUCCUCACAUGGGUCAAGAAUUAGCAGAUGCACUACGCGGCACGGUUGGCCAGCUCAGCAGCCUAAUUAGAGUCAUAUCAGAAAAUAUGGGAAUUUCUGAAGAGCAGGCAGCAGCUGCUGGCCUCUUAGCUGAACUCCCAGAGAGGGAUUUGGGCCUCACACGACAAAUGCUAGAUGAAGGUGCUUUUCAGUUGAUCAUCUCUAGAGUUGUCAAGAUCAGGCAAGGAGAGAUUAGAGGCACCCGUUUUGUAACACCAUUCCUUGAAGGACUUGUUCAUGUGCUUGCAAGGGUUACUUUUGUCUUGUCAGAUGAGCCUGGUGCUGUUGCCCUUUGCCGUGAGUCUGGUCUUGCAGCAUUAUUCAUUGAUUUGCUUCAGGCCAAUGGUCUUGACAAUGUGCAGAUGGUUUCUGCCGCAGCUUUGGAGAACUUAUCUCAAGAAUCCAAAAAUUUGACGAGAUUGCCUGAGUUGCCAGCACCUGGAUUUUGUGCCCCUAUCUUUCCAUGUUUUAGCAAACCAGCUGUCAUAACAGGAUUGUGCUGUGUCCACCGGGGAACUUGUUCACUUAGAGAGAGCUUUUGUCUUUUGGAAGGGCAGGCCGUGCAUAAGUUGGUUGCACUCUUGGACCACACAAAUGAGAAGGUGGUUGAAGCAGCACUUGCAGCACUUUCCACUUUGUUGGAUGAUGGAGUUGAUAUUGAGAAAGGAGUGAUAAUUUUGUGUGAGGCAGAGGGAAUUCAGCCAAUACUUGACGUGUUACUUGAGAAAAGAACAGAGAACUUGAGGAGAAGAGCAGUUUGGGUAGUGGAGAGACUUUUAAGGACUGAUGAUAUAGCGUAUGAAGUUUCUGGAUAUCAAAAUGUGAGCACUGCACUUGUUGAUGCCUUCCACCAUGCUGACUGCAGAACCCGACAAAUUGCAGAGCGUGCCCUAAAGCACGUUGAUAAGAUCCCAAACUUCUCUGGAAUUUUUCCAAACAUGGGAUAAAUUUAUUGCUUUGUACAUGCCUUAUUCAUAAUUGGCUGAGUAUAGCAACCUGUAUGUAGUCCAUCCUUUGCCAAAAGCUGUUUGAUUUCAGUCAAUACAUGGAUAGUUUUGCAAGGCAUUAAGGUGCAAGUAGAUAUUGGUGUAUAUGGAUUUCCCACUUUGUAGGGGGUUUCAAGGAGUAGUUCGUUUGUUCUUCUUAAUGAUGUUAUUUUCAUUGACCUUCAUUUCUUUAUACAAACUACUAUUGUUUUGGCAUUGAGUGGUGUAGGCCUUUAUUUCUUUUACAAUAUGCCUUUUUGAGUUCCUGGCGUUUUAUCAUAUGAAGUUCUUUGCUUCAAACAAAAUUCCCACGGUGGAUGUUCGUUAGUAAUUA